AUGGCUGUACAUUCUGGGUCAGGUUCAUCAGAGAAAUCAAGCAACGAAGUGAAUGAGUUACUGACUUUUAAUGCUGAGAAUAUGCAAAGCAACAUGAAAAUCAUCUAUUACAGCCGUACAUUUUUAUCUAUUAUUGGCGGAGUUGUUGCUGGUAUUUUGGGAUUUACAGGCUUGUACGGAUUUGUAUUUUACUUACUUCUCAUGGCACUUACUUCUGUUGGGCUCAUAGUCAAAUCAAAGUUUUCAAUCCACACAUACUUUGAUUCCUGGAAUCGCGUGCUAGUUGAUGGCUUUCUCGGAGGUCUAAUGUCGUUCGUGCUGUUCUGGACAUUUGCAUAUGACAUUGCUCAUAUAUUCUGA